GUGAGGUGGACGAGGGGAUCCAGGCCACCCGCAUCCCCACCGGCGCCCGCCCCGGCUCCCGAUGGCCCCCUCAGCUGGCCGCGCGGAGCAGGGAGGGCCCCGACUGAGGAAAAAACGCCGCCGCCCGGAGCCCUCUCUGGGCUGGGGAGGCGACUCGGGGCCUCCACAUCCCCACGCGCGGGGGGACGGGCGCCUGCGAUCACCCCUCUGGCCUCAGUUUCCCUCUCUGAGCAUCUCGCCUUGGACUCUGAGGGGUCGUCUGUGGGGAGGACCCGCGGCGUCCUUGCCCUUGACGCCCGCUGUCGUCUCCCCACAGCCCCGGCCAGGCCCUCUGCACCUCCCUUUUCCUCUCCCCGCGCCCUCAGAUUGCUCCCCUGGAAAGUCUCGCCCCCUGGCUCUCUGCCUCCCCCUUCCGCUCCCACAGGGCCGCUGCCGCUUCCUCCCACCCUCUGCGCCCCGCUUCGCACCCCGCCGGCCCCCUGCCUUUCCUGGGCUGUUUUCCGCGAAGUAGCUCUUUCUCCGGCUCGCAGUUCCAGGUCUUCUCUCUGGCUUUACCUUGCAUGAAGCCAAGUCAAUCUAGAAAUAACCCACAGGACUUGUGGGUUUUCAUGCGGCCCCCCCCCCCGCUUUCUUUUUGGUAAUAUACACCCAGAAAAAUCAAUGCCUCGGGAAUAUUAAAUAACUUUAUUUUUUAAAUGUGCAUUAUUCAUCGCACACCUGGGAGCAAUUAAAACAGAUAAAUUGGAACUUAUAUUAAGAUACUAAAACACAGACUAGAAAGGAAGAAGGUGGAACCAAGGCAAGGGACAAGCCAUGAACAAAUCUCUGUCCCCAUUGGGGAAUGUGGCUUUGGUAGAUUGCAUAACCCUUAGUUUGGGCCUGAUGAUUUGAUCCUUGGGGUGUAAAUGAGCAUUGAUCAGAGUUCCCCUAAGGUGUUAAUUCUGUGGCUGAUUUUGUUUUUAUGUUCAGUUUGGCUUAAUUUUCUCCUUUAUCAGAACUUCAAGUAGGAAAGAAGCUUCCAUAGAGGCAGUUUAAGGUUAAGCAAUAAUCCUUUCUCAUUUUUGCUUAGUAAUAGAGCCUUAGGCUGUUACGCAGAGUAGUAUGAUUUGUGGAGAUGUGUAUAAAUUCCUCAUUUUUAAGUGAUGUUUUUCCUUUUACCAUUCAUAUUUCAAACUUCUUAGUUGAUUCCCAUUUUCUUUCUUGUCAUCUUCUGGUUAUUAUACUUCCUUGUUUUUAUUUUUUCACUUUAUGAUCCUUUGGAGUUCCAUUAUUUUAGCUUGAAAAUUUUUUAUAUUAUUGAAUUAACCAGGGCAUCUAGAAGAGAAUAAAGAAAUUCAACACCUGGAUAUAAAUCAGUGAUCCAACACCUCUCAAAUUUUUAAAUUUUACAGGAGGUGAUCUGUGUUUCCUUUUCUUAGUUUGCCCACAUUCUAUCAUUUCUUCCCUAUUUCUACCUCCUUUUUUCCCAUCUUCCCCCCUUAUUUAUUUGGCCAUACUUAAAAGAAGGGAGCUCAAAUCCUUCGUUGGAUAAAAUAAGCAAAAUGUAAGAAGAUCAUUGAUCAGGGUACAUUUAAACCAGCGUGGUUCACGAUCUAAUAGAGCUGUGUCAUUAGUUUGUAAUUUUAUAUUCUAAAUAAAGGUUUCUUUAUGAGAAAAUGGUUUUGGUUGGAUAACACAUUGAAUUAGAAGAUAAUCUGAGUGUUAUUUUUAUAGAACUAAUGAAAAGUAUUUCUGCUUACUAUCAAAUAGCACUGGAAGUUUUCUGUAUUCAAAUUUUAAAUACCUUUUAAUAUUCUCUCUAGUUUGUAAAAUACGACUAAGGAAUACAGGCAACAUGUUCUACACACAUGUGCUUAUGAGUAAACGAGGGCCAUUGGCCAAAAUAUGGCUGGCAGCUCAUUGGGAGAAGAAACUCACAAAGGCUCAUGUAUUUGAAUGUAACCUAGAGAUAACCAUUGAAAAAAUUCUUUCACCUAAGGUGAAAAUUGCGCUUCGAACUUCAGGACACCUUCUUCUGGGAGUUGUUCGAAUCUAUAAUAGGAAGGCAAAAUAUCUUUUGGCAGAUUGCAGUGAAGCAUUUCUUAAAAUGAAGAUGACAUUUCGCCCAGGACUAGUUGACCUUCCAAAAGAGAAUUUUGAAGCAGCUUACAGUGCUAUCACAUUGCCAGAAGAAUUUCAUGAUUUUGACACCCAGAAUGUGAAUGCUAUUGAUGUUUCGGAGCAUUUUACUCAGAACCAAAGUAGACCAGAAGAAAUCACACUUAGAGAAGAUUAUGACAAUGAUCUACUUUUCCAAGCUGGGAGCUUUGGGGAGGAAUCCGAAGUUCUCAGAAGACAUAGCUUCUUUGAUGACAACGUAUUAUUGAAUUCCAGUGGUCUUUUAGUUGAACACAGUUCUGGAAGCCUCAAUGGAGAAAAAUCUCUGUUCUAUGACAGUGGAGAUGGAUUUGGAGACGAAGGGGCUGCAGGAGAAAUGAUUGACAAUUUAUUGCAAGAUGAUGAGAAUAUCCUGUUAGAAGACAAGCAUUUAGACAAAGAAAUUUUCCUACCUCCUGAACCUCCCAAUACUACAGUGGAAGAACUGGAUAAUCCAGAGUGUACAUGUCUACCUGAAAAUGAAAAAGUGUAUAAAACCACAUUAUUAUCAAAUGAAGAAGAAGGAUUUACACUUGACCCAAUUCAUGUUUCAGACAUUGCUGAGAAAAGGAAAGGCAAAAAGAGGAAAUUGCUCAUAGACCCAGUCAAGGAGCUCAGUAGCAAAACGAUGCAUAAACAGCUUACUUCCUUUACGGACACACUCAUGGUUUUGGAACUUGCACCCCCUACCCAGAGACUGAUGAUGUGGAAGAAGAGGGGAGGAGUAGACACACUUCUGUCAACUGCCGCUCAGGAUGUGAUGCAUGCCAAACUCAAAAGGUUGUUUACAAAAUGCUUUCUGUCCUCUGGCUUUAAACUUGGAAGAAAAUUUAUACAGAAGGAAUCAGUAAAGGAAGAAGUGGGGAGCCAGAACCUAGUAGAGACCUCCGUGUUGGAAGACCCAAGUUCCCAGCAAGACUUAAGUCAAACCAAAGCUUGGGAGGAUGUGAUUGAUGGAUCCAAGUGUAGCUCUCAAGAAGAUACCAAUAAAAAUACUAACUCUGAGCAGUGUGUUGAAAUUGUUUCUUCUGCUGCCAAGGAAUCCUCUUUAAAGAAUGCCUUCUUGACACAAGAAAUUGAAAAUUGUCCAGUUGAAUUGGAGUCAUUGGGGAAUGAACAAAAUAUUGAGGCAGAGAGAUGGAAUCGAAGAAUUCUCCAGCUGUUAAAUAGCUUACGGGAAUCCAACAAGAUGGGAAUACAGUCCUUUAGCCUGAUGAAGCUCUGCAAGAACUGUGACCGAAAACGAACAGCUGCCAAAUUUUAUAGCUUUCUUGUCCUAAAAAAACAGCGGGCUAUUGAGCUGAGCCAGAACGCUCCGUAUGCAGAUAUUAUAGCUACAGUGGGACCAACGUUCCAUAAAAUGUGAAGGAAAUGCAGAACAUGCAGGGUUAUGUCAUCACUAGAAUUUCUGGGUCAAUUGUUCAGUUUAAUGCAGAAGUCAUCUGGAAGCAGCUGAAGGUCUAAUCCAUUUCAUAGAUAAGCAGACUUCCUAUUUUCUGUCUGUAAGUUCACAAUAAUCAUAUCCAGAAUUGGAAACUUAUAUGCUUAAAAAAAUGCUUAAUUAUAGCUAAGUUUUUUUUUUUUUAACUUAGCUAAUUUGAAUAUAUAGGUUCGCUAUGAGUCAGAUUCGACUCAAUGGCAACAGGUUUUUGGUUUUAAUUUGAAUAUAUAGCAUUUAUCAUUUCUCCCACUUCAAUGUUGCAUUUAGCUAGGUAGGAUACAUUUUUUAAAACACUAUAUGCUUUUGAGAAACAUUCAGCGAUGUUUCCUAAAGGCUAUUUUGCGUUGGGUUAUUUAUCUAAAUUUUAAUAGAGUUAGUUAAUAAUUAAUACUAUCUUAUUUUUUUUUUAUUUUCCUAUGGACAAUAAUUUAUUUUAUUUUAAUACAUAUCAUCCCCGAUUUGACCUAAUGCCAUGGUUUUUAAUCUAAAAUUUUAGCAAAAGAGUUAUGAAAUUCAUCUUUAAUGUUUUAAAUUACCUGAGUGGCUUUUAGUCUACAUAGAGGUUAUUUAACCUUUUUUAUUUACUAUUUAAUGAUUAUUAUAACCACCGUUAAUGUGUCAGCAAAACUAAAUCUACUUUUUAUGUUAAAAAAAAUUAACAAUACUUGGUCAGCUUGUUGUCUGCAGCUACAAUUUGAAUAAAAGUCUCUAAAAUGAAUGUUCUUUUACUUGGUGUUUAGUGAGCAUAUUUUGACAUUAACAACGAUUGUUUUUCUUCUUAUUUGAAGUUUGAGUUAGAACAUUUUCAUAUGAUGCUCUGUGAGCUCCAUAGUACACUAUAAAAUGAAGCCGAUGGUGCUGUCUAAAAUAGUGGUGUUUCUGGAAUUAUGCUACAAGCAACUAAAUUUGAAAUAGCCUCUUCGAACAUGUUAAUUUUAAGGUUUGAAUGUCAAAAUUGCUUUUAAGUUUUUUCAAUUAACAUACAGAAAAUCUGACUUUUUAUUUUGGUGUUUUGUUCUAUGAAUUUUAACACAUGCGUAGAUUCCCGUAACCACCUCCACAAUCAGGGUACAGAACAAUAGCGUCAUCCUAAAAAAUCCCUUGUGCUAUCCCUUUGUAGUCACAUCUUUCCCUCUCUCCAACACCUGGCAAACACCUUCUGUCACUAUAGUUUUUGUCUUUUCGAGAAUGUCCUAUAGAGAGAAUAACAUACUAUGUAACCUUUUGUGACUGGCUUCUUUCAUUCAGCGUGAUAUAUUCGAGAUUCAUCCACAUUGUUGCAUGUAUGUUGCAUGUUCAUUCCUUGUUAUGUUGAGUAGUAUUCUGUUGUCUGGAUAGAACACAGUUUAUUUAUCCAUUCGCCCAUUGAAGGGCAUUUAAAUUGUUUCCAGUUUUUGGCAAUUACAAACAGAGCUGCUAUAUACAUUUGUGUACAGUUUUUAUGUGAAUAUAGGUUUUCAUUUCUCUAGGGUAAAUAUCUAAGAGUGGGAUUAUGGGGUCAUAUGGUAAGCAUACAUUUAACUUUAUAAGAAAUUAGCAAAAUGUCCAGGGUGGAGGUACCAUUUCGCGCUCCCACUAACAAUGUGUGAGAGUUCCAGUUGCUCUGUAUCCUUGACAGCACUGAGCAUUGUCAGCAUUUUUUUAAUUAUUAUUUUAGCCAUUCUAAUUUAAAAAAUAAAUAAAUAAAAUAAAAUAAAUUUUUUAAUAGGUAUAUAGUGGUAUCUCAUCAUGGUUUUAAUUUGUAUUUCUCUAAUGGCUAAUGAUAUUGAACAUCUUUUCAUGUGCUUUCUUAAUAUCUUCUUUGGUGAAGCAUCUGUUCAAGUUUUGGGCCUCUUUUUAAAUUGAGUUGUUUGUUUACUUAUUGUUGGGUUUGGAAAAUUCUUUAUAUAUUCUGGAGACAAGUACUUUGUCAUACAUGUGUUUUAUAAAUAUUUUUUCCUAGUCUGUAGUUUGUCUUCAUUCUCUUAAUAGGGUCUUUGGUAGAGCCGAAGUUUUUAAUUUCACUGAAGUCCAGUGUAUCAUUUUUUUUCUUUCAUAGAUUGUGCUUUUGAUGUCACGUCUUAAAACUCUUUGCCUAAUCCCAGGUCAUUUAAAAUUUUCUCCUAUGUUUUCUUCUGAAAGUUUAAGAUUUUUACCUUACACAGUUACAUUGUAAUUAAUAAGAAUUAAAAAGUAUAAACUAUGAGCUUUAGGUCAAAGUUUUUUUGCAUGUGGAUUUCCAAUUAUUGAAGCACCAUUUGUUGAAAAGAAUAUUUUUUCUCCAUUGAUUUGCCUUUGUACCUUCAUCAAAAAUAAAUUUGCCUUAUUUGUGUAUGUCUAUUCCUGGACUGGAAUCCUGGUGGCGUAGUGGUUAAGAGCUACG